UAGUACCGUGUUGACUGCUUUCGAGAACUGAGUAGCCGUGGGUUUGAGUUUAAUGCAAGUAUUGACACUGAAUUCUCGAAAAUAAGUUGCAUUUAUUGAAUAAUUAGUUGUGCUAAUAAAUAAGAAUUGAAUAAAUCUCUCAAAAUGAUCAAUACGGGAAAACUAGCUGGCCGCACUAUCUUCAUAACCGGUGCAUCGCGAGGUAUUGGUAAAGCUAUCGCUCUGAAAGCAGCGCAGGAUGGUGCUAACAUUGUCGUAGCGGCGAAGACAGCUGAGCCACAUCCUAAACUUCCAGGAACGAUAUAUUCUGCUGCUGCAGAGAUUGAAGCUGCUGGAGGCAAGGCAUUACCCUGUGUGGUCGACGUGCGCGACGAGAAUGCAGUUCGAGCUGCUGUGAAGAGUGCCGUCGAAAAAUUUGGUGGCAUUGACAUUCUCAUCAACAAUGCCAGCGCCAUCGCGCUGACGCCCACCGAGCAAACCGACAUGAAGCGGUACGAUUUGAUGCAUAACAUCAAUACGCGUGGAACAUUUUUGGUAUCCAAAGAAUGUGUUCCAUAUCUGAAAAAAAGCAACCAUGCGCAUAUUCUGAACAUCUCGCCUCCUUUGAACAUGAACCCCCAUUGGUUUAGUAAUCACGUGGCGUACACUAUGGCAAAGUACGGCAUGUCAAUGUGCGUUCUGGGAAUGGCGCGUGAAUUUAAAAAUGACAACAUCGCCGUUAAUGCAUUGUGGCCGCGGACUUCCAUCCUCACUGCAGCGAUGGAAAUGCUCACGGGCAAGGAAAGUGACCAGUUUUCCCGCAAACCAGAGAUCAUGAGUGAUGCUGCUUACGCCGUACUCUGCAAAGAGCCCAAAGACUGUACAGGAAAUUUCUUCAUCGAUGACGAAGUUUUGCAAGCUGCCGGUAUCACCGAUUUGAAACAGUACUCUUGCAUUCCGGAAAAUUACGACAAGCUGAUGCCAGAUUUUUUCCUCGAUGUUGCACCGGAGAAAUUGGUUGAAUUUGCUGCCGAGGGAAGUCAUGCGUCGCAAUACCAGAAACCAGCCACACCAGCUGGAAAGAUUGAAGGCCUUUUUCAGAAAAUCGAGUCUCUUCUCAGUGACGAAAUUGUCAAGAAAACUGGAGCAGUAUUUGAGUUCAACGUCAAAGGCGAGGAAGCCGGACUGUGGUUUGCCGAUUUGAAGAACGGAACCGGCAAGGUUGGAAAGGGAAAAUCGCCAGUUUCUGCGGAUGCCACCCUCACUAUGGAUUCGAAGCACUUCUUCGAUAUGUUCAGCGGUAAAUUGAAGCCAGCCAGUGCCUUCAUGACCGGAAAACUGAAAAUUUCCGGUGAUUUGCAAAAAGCAAUGAAACUUGAGAAACUGAUGGGAGGGCUCAAAUCAAAGUUAUGAAGUAUAUGGGUUUUUACGAGAACUGAUUUCAUUUAUACAAUAUGUUAAAUAAUAAAUCUGUUGAUAUGUUUUGUAUGAAA